UGGACCAUAAACAGUGUGAGAGUUAAACAUGGCGUCUGCAGAGGAAAGCGUCCACACAGCAGAUGCAGAAGCUCCGACACCCAAACUGGCGGAUUUAUUAGAUUCAGGAUGGAAAUUAUAUGAAGAGCUAGAAAAGAGCAGCGAGCCGACAAACUCUGAGUCUGUACAAAUUAAAGUAAAACGCGGAAUUAAACAACUGGAAGAAGCGACAAGGAUGUUGUCACAGCUCGAGCUGUUCAGCCCUAAUGAGGAGCUGGAUGAGAUCUCCACGGUGGAUCUGAAGUUCCUGUUGUUACCUGCACUGCUGGCUGCAUUGGUGAUGAAGCAGGUGGGUGUGGCUCAGCGUUUGGAGCGUGUGCAGACGGCUCGUGUUCACUUCCUGAACUUCCUUAGGCUCUGUAAAGAUUACAACAUCAGCUCGUUCCACAUGCCUCGAGAUGUUCAGGCCACAGAGGAGAUGUCCUCAGGUGCAGAGAAUGACACACCAAGCCCCACCCACCAAGUCCAAACUGACCUCAUCACCAUGGCAACACAGAGACAGGCCAAAAUCGAGAGGUAUAAGCAGCAGAAGCAGAUGGAGCAGAAGCUGGCUGAACUCAGAGUUCUGGUGGAUGGAGGUUCGGUGGAUGACGAGGUGAUGAGGGAGUUUUACCUGUUACAGGUGCGCAGGUGGAUUACUCUCGCUCUGGAGGAAAUCGAGUCCAUUGACCAGGAAGUCCAGAUCCUCAAGAGGAUGCCUGCUCUCAAUGAGACUUCAGUUCAGAAACCAAGACGAGCACCAAUGAAGCCCUUCAUCCUCACUAAAGACGCAAUGCAGGCCAAGGUAUUUGGUGCAGGAUAUCCCAGUCUUCCCACCAUGACAGUAGACGACUGGUAUGAACAGCACAGAAUGAGAGGAUGUUUACCUGACCAAGGCAUCCCUCAGAGGACAGUGGAUGUGGACGCAGAGGACCGAGAGAAAGAGGAAAAGGAGAGGAAGGAGGAAGAGGAUGAUGAAGAAGCUUUACAGAAGGCGAGAGACUGGGACAACUGGAAAGACACACACCGUCGAGGAUACGGCAACCGCCAGAAUAUGGGCUAGAAGCGUACACACACACACAGUGGAGACAGUCUCCAAGUGACUUACACACAUUCACCUGACUCUGAAAUAAACGUUUUCAGUUGA